GAGGGUUCCAUAAAAGGAGGAGACUUGCACUCUUCAUCCAUGUUAUCCAAACCCUAAAAAUGGAGCUCUGCACAGCUCGAACCAUCUCGAAUCUUCCUCUCCACAGAACCUUCACUCAAAACCACACUCUUCUACGUUGGAAAUCCUCUCUCCCUCUCAAGCAGGUCUCAAUUUCUCGCACCAAUCCAGGAUUGCUAUAUUACACCAAUUCAUCUCUAAGGUCGACAACCUCUGAGGAAACGUCAAGUGUAGAAGGCCUGUAUGUUAAAGAUGAACCUGAUGUUGUGAUAGCAAAUGAGGGGAUGACUACCUCUGAGGAAACACCGAGUGCAGCAGGCAAGUAUGUUAAAGAUGAACCCGAUGAUGUGAUAGCAAAUGAAGAUGAUCAACCUGUUGAAAAGAAUGAGUAUGUUGAAAGUGAAGUACCUAAGGAAGAUUCUCCUGAGGAAGACCAAAUGCAACCAUUCGAGUUUCUGGAGAAUCUCAGAAUAAAGUUUGAAUUGGAAGAUUCAUAUUCAAUUCUCCUACUUGGUGGCGGCACCCUUAUUGUGCUUUAUUUAGCGACGGCCGUUGUUGGAGCCAUUGAUUCUAUCCCUGUGUUCCCUAAAUUGAUGGAAAUUGUUGGUCUUGCUUACACCCUCUGGUUCAGCACUCGUUAUCUAAUCUAUAAGAAAAAUCGGGAUGAAUUGGCUGGCAAAAUCGAAGAAAUUAAGCAACAAGUCUUGGGCUUAUCAGAUGCUUGAUUGAUGUGGGCUUAUGGAGGCACCAAAUGAGUUUGAACUGUUACAUUAAGUGAGCUAUAUUGUAUAAAUCAAGUGUCUUUUUAUAGUUAAAGUUGAGUUUUUUUGCAUUUUUCCUUGCCAAUCUGUGGGUAAAUAGGAUACUGAGGCAGUAUAUCUCUUUUUGUUUAUAUUAGGAAAAGAAAAUCAAAAUCUUAAUUGUUGAUUUUCCCUGUCUUUCUCUGGUUGGUAAAGAUGCCCAAGUUAUGGUCCUGUGAUGCCCUCUUCUUUCCCAUCUAAGAAUACUCAUGAAAUAGGUGCAAGGUUAAAAUGAGUGAGGUUGGGCUUUCUUUGAUGAUGUUUUGCUGGUGCAAUGCAUUCAUCCGUUGUCGAAGCUGCAUAUCAUAAGUCCAUGUUGGUAGAGACAUGUAAUGUAUGGUAAUAUCUGUUCUUUACUGCUAGGAAUCUCGCCCAAUUUUAACUGGAAUUGGAAUGCAAGCAAUUGUUUAUUUAGUGCAACUUCACCAUUGUGGUAGUACAACAAAGAAAAGCAGUGAUAUUUAUGGGGUGGGUUUUUUGUUUUUUUAAUGUUCUUAACAUGCAUAUCAUUGCACCUGAAGAAGCCCUA